AUGUCUCCUGUCGAGCAUAACGCCUGGGCUCAGAUGAAAGCUAAAGAGCGAGAACAGUGCCUAUCUGACCCUGACAAAGGCAAGUAUUCACUGGUUCUCCCUCCGAUGGAACCUACUCCAAAGCCCCUCACAACCCGGAAGACAUCCGGUUUAGACUACGACGCCGAGCUGGCUUUGCCCAUGCCCAAGCCUCGUCACGCCCGUCCGGAAGAGAUGCCGCCUACCACUAGCAAGCCAAACGUGUUGAGCAAGCCUAACGUCACGAAGAAGAGAUCCACCACCGAGCCUACAUUGUCAUCCGAUCGCAGCUCAAAGUCUGAAUCCUCCGAGAAGAAAAAGAAAUCGAAGGUGGCGACGCUGCGGUCCAAGUUCAGCUUAAAGGACAUUGCAAAAGAGUACCGAAGCAAAGAGACUCCCCCCCUAAGCAGUAUGCCUAAAUUAGGGGGCAGUUCGGGAUAUGGGCUUCAGCGUACCUCGUCUGAAAGUGAGGGACAGUCCAAGUCCCCUCAAACCUUCAACGAGCCGAAGUUGUAUGCUCCCAAGACCAGAAAGGGCGACGUGCCACCCAACUCCGCUCCUCCUCAUACCACCGAAUUUCCCGACUCUUCGAGCAUGGAUAAGCAGAGUAUCUUGUCCUGUCCUUCCUCAAAGGCUCUUGUCUCCAAGGGUAGUGAUGAUGGGAAAAUUGAAACGACGUUCAAGCAUAGCCUUGUGCACAACACUGACGUUGGUCAGAGCACGCCGAACACGCGCCUGGAGACUAUGCUGCUUGAUGGCUCAUCCCCUCCCGCCCGCGCCGGCGAAUGCAAGAACACUGGUCAACCUGAACUCAUCCAGGUGCAAGAUCGAGUCUUCAGCAUGAAAGCAGAAAACAAUCAACUGACCGUGCCAUCGUCCCCCAAGACCCCACCCCCUCCGCCUCGUUGCCGCGAUGCCGCUGCAUACUCGCCGUCAGUUUACGACACGCCCAAGGAGGUUGGCUUGAAAGUUCCGAAAUCGCCACUCAAUGGUAGAAAUGGCACUGGGAAUGGAAAGCACCCUUUCAUCGUGUCUUCCUCUGAUUUCAAAAACAAGGCCCACGUGAAGCAAACCGACGACCAAUUCUUCUUGGAACCUCGGGCUCCACCAACUCCUCCUCUGCCUAUGAAGUCUCCAGAUCGAACAGUGAGAAGAAAUCAGAAUAACAUGACUAUCGAUGAAGCCCAGUAUUUUGCCGGCGUGACAAGUCAUGGCGGGUAUGCUCCUCCCCCUCCGCAUCCGGGUUACCAAAACACAGCGACCUUGGAGCAGCAGCUCGUUACGCAUGUUGAUUCGCUUCAUUUUCAUCUCACUACCGUUGUUAAUAAGCUUACCAGAACGUUCGAGGACGGCAACAACUGGUCAGCCGACAAGAUUCUAAAGCAGGUCGACAAUGUGUUUGACGUUGCUCGCACGGUUGAUGGUCGCUUUCUGACCCAAGCAAAUGUUAUGAAAGAUCUACAGCAAGGCUUGAUGGAAGCUCGCAAUCAGGCAUUCUUAGCUCGUCAGGAGACCUUCCUAGUGGAGGAGAGGAUGAAGGCAUUCGUUCACCAGGAAGUUGCCAACUUGAAAAAUGAGCUUCGCGAGCUGAUCAUGUCUAACACUGGCACUGUAAAGACCCCGACUCAAGGCCAGGACUCCAAAGCAGAUGCAUCCCAUCCAGGAAGCCAAGGAGGAUUCAAGUCAGCCGGUGGAAAACGAAAUCAACAAGUAAACAAGAACAAAUCACGGCAGACCAAGCUCACUGACAACAAGAAGAGUGUGGCAGAACAUCAGGAAAGCAAGCCUGGCGCUGCACGACAACCCGGGUCUCAUAGUCCAGGUGACAGCGUACCAACGCCUACUGCUGCCUAUCGCACUCCGGGGCCUCGAACCGACGGCAUUGCUUCCCCCGUCCCAACAAAGCGAGAAAUAUCUGAAGAGGCUGGUGAAGGCUCAUCUGGGAGUCCCAAAUUAAAAGCAGCCAAGUUGCAUAUCUCCGGCCCCAUACCUAACUCAGACCCGCAGUCAGCCGCCGAGGGAAGUCAUGGGAAAGGCCCAGAAAGCAAUCAGCCAUCUGGCCCACAGCGUGAGUCCGAUAGCAACCCCCGCAGUGUUUUCAACAGUGACGGUUUGAAAACCCCCAAGAAGAAGGGGAGCGUUUUCAGUUUUCAUCGGAACCGAAAUGGUGACAAUCAAUCUGGAAGCAGAUUUCUUCGCACCCCUCGCCGUACGAAGGAGGGUAAGCCAGUCGGCAUCCAAGAGCCUCAGGGCCCUGGUUUCGCAUUAUCGACUCCUACGAAGGCACACGUGGCGCCCGCCCCUUCCAGUUCGAUUGCAUCCACCGCGUCAAGUAAUGCAACAGCUAUUGCCAUCCCGCAAAUCCAAAGGGAAGAGAGCCCAAGUAUGAUUCACCCUGCGCUCCGCAACGCCCAACAGAGACAUAUCAUGGCAGAACGUGAACGUCUCGGACUGCUAAAUCACCAGAUCCCUGCACCUGGACAGCUGCAGGGGCACGGUCACCCCCUCCGCCUCUCACACUCCCAUCAAAGCUUUGGCAAUCGAGACUCUGCGGCCACGUCCGCAUCUCCCCAUCCAUCUUACCUGUCCUAUGAUGAGCCUACCCCUUAUGCAUCUGCUAUGUCUCUCGCUACCAGCUCUUCCACCUCUUAUCACGACGUCAGACAAUAUCAGUCUAGCAUGCAUUAUCCCCACGCGUCUUCGUCGUCCUCUCUUCCCCAUGGCCAGGGAACAGGAUUUGCGCAGCCGCAGUUUCUCACUCCCCAGUUGAUGCAUCCCCAUCCUGCUCUACCUGGCCCCGGCUAUCCUAUUGGGCAUAGUCACGGCCCUAUACCUAUUCCUAAUCAAUUGGAUGGCGUCGGCAUUGAAUGGUUCGGAGACGGGAAUGUGCCAAUCGCUCCUGGUUAUCCAGAUGGGCAUGGCCUUUUCUUCUGA